AAAGCUUGUUUGUCCCUUAGCCUUGCGUACCUGCUUGGCGUUCCGAGUGCCAAGUUGAAUAUCGGCGCUAGGCCCUUUACUGUGUCGAAACACCGGCAUGGCGCUUCGUGCGCUGCGGCGCGCUGCUGGACAGCUCGGGGGUAGUUUGGCUCAGGCACAGCGGGCCGCCAGUGUCGCCACCGCUACCGAGCUCGGACCAUGCUGCGCUGAGCUCCUCGCACGUCAAUCAUGCAGCCAAGCCAGCAGCAACAGUGUUCGGGAGGAGCUUGCGUCGUUCAACGCGACGGCUCGGUUCCGUGCAAUGGGCUCGCACAUGCGCCAGCUGCACACCACGUCCGUUUCCCUCGAGGCGUUCAACGUAGCUGUGCCUUCGAUGGGCGAGUCCAUCACGGAGGGCACUAUCGCCAACGUCUUGAAGAAAGCAGGUGACGCUGUCAAGGAGGACGACGUCAUUGCGCAGAUUGAGACCGACAAGGUCACCAUUGACGUCAAGUACACGGGCAAGGGGUCCGGCGUGAUCAGCCAGAUCCUGAUCAACACCUCGGACCUGGUGAAGGUCGGUCAGCAGGUGGCCGUUGUGGAGGUUGGCGCUGCGCCCGCCGCCCCCGCUGCCGCUGCUGCCGCUCCCCCUCCGCCGCCGCCCCAGCCGGCUGCUGAGGCGCCGAAGCCCGCCGCUGCGGCCCCCAAGCCGGCCGCCCCCAAGGCGGCUGCCCCUGCGCCCAGCACCAGCGAGCCAGCCCCGCCUGCGCCCUCGGCUCGCCCUGAGAGGCGUGUGAAGAUGACCCGCCUGCGCAUGCGUGUGGCUGAGCGCCUCAAGGGCGCCCAGAACACGUAUGCCAUGCUGAGCACCUUCAACGAGGUCGACAUGAGCGCCAUCAUCGAGAUGCGCAACCAGUACAAGGACGCGUUUGCUGAGAAGCACAACGUCAAGCUGGGCUUCAUGUCGGUCUUUGUCAAGGCGGCCGCCUACGCUCUGCAGGAAGUCCCCGCGGUGAACGCCGUGAUUGAGGACGACGAGAUCAUCUUCCGCGACUACUACGACAUCUCGAUCGCCGUCGCCACACCCAAGGGUCUGGUCGUGCCAGUUCUGCGGGCCGCUGACGAGAAGAGCUUCGCUGACGUUGAGAAGACGAUGAACGCCCUCGGGAAGAAGGCUCGCGACGGCACCAUCAGCAUUGACGACAUGGCCGGCGGCACCUUCACCAUCUCCAACGGCGGCGUGUACGGCAGCCUGCUGUCCACCCCCAUCAUCAACCCGCCUCAGAGCGCCAUCCUGGGCAUGCACGCCAUCGUGGACCGCCCGGUCGCCGUCAAGGGCAAGGUGGAGAUCCGGCCCAUGAUGAACAUCGCGCUUACGUACGACCACCGCCUCAUCGACGGCCGUGAGGCUGUCACCUUCCUGCGCCGCAUCAAGGACGUCGUGGAGGAUCCCCGCCGCCUGCUGCUGGACGUGUAAGCGACCGGUGUGCAGAGGAGGAGCAGGAAGAGGAGGAGCUCGGACGAGGAGGAUGUAAAUGGCCGGGUGUGGCGUGGGGUAUACGCCAUGCAGAGAGUUGUUAGGGGCUGUGUUUGGCUUAACCCAAGUGAACCUUUUGUUUGUCUGGAGCACGGAUUCCUUAAAUGGUACUGAUGUGUAGUGCUUGCGUGGGCCGAGGCCUCGUUAGCUUGGCGGGUGGUUGCGGUCAAAAAGACUCUUCCGG